AUGGCUUCCCUGUUUGGUCUUCCGGACGAGGUCAUAUUAGCCCCCUUAUUCGAAUCAUUUCCUUGUCGAGAGCAUCAAAUCCGCUCCCUAGCAACGCUGCUGCAUCCCAAUGCAGCUCCUUGUCGAAACCUCGUUAUCCACGGUGCAACGGCUACAGGCAAAUCCGCCAUCACCUCUCAACUUGUCUCCGAUCUCGUCACCAGUAUUAAUAGCGAUGAUACCUCAGGGGGUCUGCAAGCUGCUGUCGUCAACUCUGUACAAUGCAUCACAGGACGACAUCUCUUCGAGCGCAUAGUUGGUCAGGUUGCUGAGGCGCUGCAGUGGGAGGAAGUGCCUCGGCGAUGCGAAACACUGGCGCAAUUGACGGUUGAGAUGGUCAAGAUGGUUCAGUAUCCAAAGAGGGAUGCGAGGUGGCGUUUUAUCUUGGUGCUGGAUGCCAUUGAUCGACAAAGAGAUGCCCCGGCCACAUUGUUACCGGCUCUGGCGAGGUUAUCAGAAAUUAUUCCAUGUCUCACCUGCGUCUUCAUAGUCACAUCUCCGCCCGCUGGCUUCCUACGGUCACCUUCGUCAGCGCAUCUUCUUUUUCCUCCCUACGAAAAGAAGGGCUUCGUUCGCAUCCUCUCGCUCACGCCACCGAAAUCAAUUGCUACAUGCACGCAGCAAGAAACCACCGAUCUUUGGACUCGAUUCUGCGCCGCCGUUUACGACUCCCUCACAAAAUCAGCGUCUCGCACACUGCCAUCGUUUAAGCACAGCUGUCAUGCGCUUUGGCCGCGCUUCACAGCCCCCAUUCUAGCGGGAACACAUCUGCCGAAAGAGUUCUCGAAGCUGCUAAUAGCAGGAAGAGUGCAUUUCCAAGAUGAGUCUUUGCUCAACCCAAGCAUUGUCUCUAUUCGCCCAAAAAACAACCCUCUUGAAGCCGUCGGAACCAAAACUACAGCCUCAGCAACCGAUCUCACGAACCUCCUCCCUACGACAGCUCGUCUCCUGCUGCUAUCAGCUUAUCUCGCCUCCCACAAUGCAACCCGUCAUGAUCUCACACUCUUCUCGACAUAUCAUCUUGGCCGCAAGCGCCGCCGAGGAGGUAUCGUCGCUCGGGGAGCCACACGGACCAAGCAUCGCAAGAUCGCCCGCAAACUCCUUGGUGCACACGCCUUUGUCCUCGAGCGCAUGAUGGCUAUCUUUGCCGCUGUACGAAAUGAAUGGGCAGAUGGCACUGCCGUAGGCGCAGCCGGCCUCGAUGCAGAUGUAGCCGUGGCUGUAUCGACGCUUGCGAGCUUAAGACUGUUGACACGAGUAGGAGGCGCAGGAGAUGUCAUGGAUCGAGGAGGCAAGUGGAGGAUCAAUGUUGCAUGGGAGGUGAUACGAGGAAUAGGGAGAAGUAUAGGCGUCGAAGUUGAAGAAUGGCUAAUAGAUUAA